AUUUCCUUUCCUUCAGUGUCUCAGUCAGUGGAUCACUGUGUCAGCACAGGCAGAGGCUUUGCUCUUGCUCCGGUCCAAGCCAAGGUGGGCGCCCCGCAAGAUAUCUUCUUCUUCCCCAAAUCGAGGACCCGAUUGCGGCAGCUCCGGUGGCCGGAGCAGCUCCCUGGUCGACGCGUCGCCGUCUCCGUCCCGGUCGCUGCCGGAUUCCGCGCGCGUGGGCGUCCAUCGGAUGGCAAUUGGCAAGCGCUAAGACAAAUCCCUUGAUUUUUUUUAAUCCGUUGGACAGGCGGCAAGAUGAUUAAUUAGCAUGUUUGUUUGUGUCUUCGAUGAUAUCUUUCCCUAUUCAAUUUUUGUUGUUGCAGGGUACCCGCGCUCGCCGUUUCAUCCGGUGAGCAUUUCGUCGAGCAGUUGGUAGGCGGGGGGAGUUCGGGGUUUCUUGAUUCAUGGGGAGGAGCUUUGCCGUUGAUUUCCUGCGCUGAAGCAGUUCAUCGUCCAGUUUCUUGGGCAAUCGUUUCUAGGGAAGCAAAUGAGAUGUCUCUGCUGCUAGACGCGAGCUCUGUUCCUCGUUUUUACCAUUCUCAGAACUUGACGAUUGAGCAUGGCAGAUUAGGGUCGUAGAGAAAACGGUGUUCGUGUCAGCUUCUUGAGGUCAGAGAGCCAAGAAGCCAUUUGGGUUUUUCUUGGUUCAUGGAGGAAAUGGGCUCUGCUCAGCUUUCUGCCCUAGCUGUGUGUGUCUGCAUUUUCGGAUGCCUAGCCAUGGCUGAUGGCCAGAACGUCACUGGAGGUGAUGGUUCAAGGCCAGCUGAGCUGCGCAUCGGUGCAUUAUUCACAUUUGAUUCGGUUAUCGGUAGAGCAGUGAUGCCGGCUAUUGAGCUUGCUGUUGCAGAUGUCAAUGCCGAUCCAGGUGUUCUUCCUGGGACAAAGUUGAGCGUUAUAACGCAGGAUACCAAUUGCAGUGGCUUUCUUGGAACCAUGGAAGCGUUGGAGCUUCUGGCUAAGGAUGUAGUCGCUGUAUUAGGUCCACAAUCUUCAAGCAUUGCUCAUGUCAUUUCUCAUGCUGUUAAUGAGUUCCAUGUUCCGCUUGUCUCCUUCGCGGCAUCUGAUCCUACCCUUUCUUCCCUUGAAUAUCCUUACUUUGUGAGGGCUACAACAAGUGAUUAUUUCCAAAUGAGUGCUAUAGCUAGCAUCAUCAAUCAAUAUCGAUGGAGAGAAGUCAUUGCCAUCUAUGUUGAUGACGACUAUGGUAGAGGUGGCAUCACAGCAUUAGGUGAUGCUCUAGCAAAAAAGAAGUCUAAGAUAGCCUACAAAGCCAAAUUGCCACCUGGUGCUUCAAGGACUACCAUCGAGGAUAUGUUGAUGCAUGUGAAUGAAAUGCAGUCUCGCGUCUAUGUUGUCCAUGUAAACCCUGACUCUGGCCUGGCAGUUUUUGCUGCUGCAAAAUCUUUGGGAAUGAUGAGUACUGGCUAUGCAUGGAUAGCAACAGACUGGCUCUCUGCAGUGUUAGAUUCAUCUGAUCAUAUUAGCACUGACAGAAUGGAACUUACUCAGGGGGUUAUUAUGCUUCGGCAACAUGUUUCUGAUUCUGGCAUUCAGCAUUCGUUGGUUUCAAGAUGGAACAAUCUGACCAGGAAUGGAGGUCAUUCAAGCUUUAGUUCUUACAGUAUGCGUACUUAUGAUUCUGUAUGGUUAGUUGCUCGUGCUGUUGAAGAUUUUUUGAGUGAGGGGAAUGCGGUAUCUUUUUCUGCUGAUCCAAAUUUGCAAGAUAUAAAAGGAAGUAACCUUCAGUUAGAUUCCCUCAGAAGUUUGAACAAUGGAGAAAGAUUACUGGAGAAAGUUUGGCACACAAAUUUCACAGGGGUUUCUGGCCUGGUACAAUUUACUGCAGAACGAGAUCUGAUCCACCCAGCUUUUGAUAUCUUGAAUAUUGGUGGUACAGGUUUCAGAACCAUUGGGUAUUGGUCAAACAUUUCUGAUCUUUCAGUUGUUGCUCCAGAAAAGUUGCAUUCAGAACCACUGGACUCUUCAACAAACAAUAUAGAGCUUCAUGGUGUUAUCUGGCCUGGUCAGACGUCUGAGAAACCUCGUGGCUGGGUGUUUCCAUAUCACGGGAAGCCGUUGAGGAUUGGGGUUCCUCUCCGCACGAGCUACAAAGAGUUUGUGAUGCCAGAUAAAGGACCUGAUGGAGUAAAGGGGUUUUCAGUUGAUGUUUUCAAAGCUGCAGUAGGCUUGUUGCCCUACCCCGUUUCAUUCGAUUUUAUUUUAUUUGGAGAUGGUUUGAAGAAUCCCAGCUACAAUGACCUUAUUGAGAAGGUUUCUGACAACCACUUUGACGCUGCAAUAGGGGACAUCGCUAUUGUGACAAAUAGAACAAGACUUGUUGAUUUUACCCAGCCAUAUACAGAAUCUGGACUUAUUAUUUUAGCUCCAGCAAGGGAGAUUGAAUCAAAUGCCUGGGCUUUUCUAAAACCAUUCACCUUCCAAAUGUGGUCUGUUCUAGGUGUUCUCUUCCUUUUUGUGGGUGCAGUUGUUUGGGUACUUGAGCAUCGUACUAAUACUGAGUUUCGUGGACCCCCAAGGCAACAAAUUAUGACAGUAUGCUGGUUUAGUUUUUCUACCAUGUUUUUCGCGCACAGAGAGAACACAGUUAGUGCACUUGGUAGAUUUGUGCUGCUUGUCUGGCUGUUUGUUGUGCUCAUUAUAAACUCAAGCUACACGGCAAGCUUGACAUCACUUCUUACAGUUCAGGAACUCACAUCAGGGAUACAGGGGCUCGAUAGCUUGAUAUCGAGUCCAAGUUCAAUUGGGUAUCAAGUUGGAUCUUUUGCGAGAAGCUACCUUGUACAGGAGCUCAAUAUUGCCGAGACCCGAUUGGUACCACUAAACAGCCCGUCAGAUUAUGCAAGAGCGCUAGAGUUAGGAUCAGGAAAUGGUGGUGUUGAUGCAAUAAUUGAUGAACUUCCAUACGUGGAGAUCUUCUUGUCAAAAUACUGCAAAUUCAAGACGGUUGGCCAGGUUUUCACGAAAAGUGGGUGGGGAUUUGCCUUCCCAAGAGACUCCCCUCUUGCUGAGGACUUGUCAACAGCAAUCUUGACAUUGUCGGAGAAUGGCAAUCUUCAAAGGAUCCACGAUGAAUGGUUAACUGGGACAGAAUGCAGUGCAGAUGACAAUGAGGUUGGCUCAAACCGUUUGAGCCUUUCAAGCUUCUGGGGCCUCUACCUCAUCUGUGGCUUUUCAUGUGUCCUUGCUCUCUUAAUUUUCUUCUUGCGAAUAUGCUGUCAAUACAGUAAGUACAAUAACCAGGUUGGACUUGACUCUCCUGAACCAGAGAUUGUAACUCGAUCGGCAAGGUUAACUACUAUCAAGUCAAUAAUCUCAUUUGUGGAUAAGAGGGAGGAGGAGGUGAAGAAUGCUCUCAAGAAAAAGCCUAAUGACAGUCUGCAGCCAAGGACAGGAAGCACAGGAGAACAAUCUACAUUACCACCAUGACACAUUUAUCACUGCCUGACUGACAUAUUCAACAAAAUGCAUAAUUUUGCACUGGGCUUGCUGGCAGCUUCAGAAACCCGGUGAUGAUUUGUUCUGGUUCUGAAGGUCAAACCUGUAGGAGCUCCUCAGAGUAUUUUCUCUGAACUCUGAAGCAUGACAGGAACAUUCUGAAUUGUGCCCAACAGUAACAUGUCUGAAUCUCCUUCCAACAGCUACUUCCAGGAGAAGUAGAGCAUUGGUUGCAAGUUCAAUUUCAAACUAGUUGAGAAGUUUGAACCUCUGUCAAGUUGAGAGGCCCCUUUUUUCGUUCGGAAGCAACCUCUGACAAGUUCUUGUAGCUACAAUCUUAAGCAUCUUCCAAAUAAGUUGAGAAGUUUGAGUCUUUGUUUGGUGUGGAAUUUGUCUGGUUGAGCAUUUCCUUUCACUAUUGCACUGUGCUGAAAAGGCAGUAACAUAUCUUCUCUUUUCAAUUGGCUAUGCAAGGAAACCUGUUUCAGUAGACAGUAGACUGGCAAUCCUAUGCUCCUAGCAGAUGCAAAACUAGUGCCAUCUUAAUUAGCAUUACUUCCCUUUAAUUGCAGAAUUGAGAUCAACAGUUUUUCUUC